UUGAAUUUAUUGAUAAAGAUAAACGCGCACCAAAUGUUAGGGUUGACUUUAUCUCAGUUGUUGGAUUUUAUCGUGGAUGUUGCCAACCAAUAUCACUUUUUCCAACGUACAAGCGCCACCACAACAGCGACAGCCUCUGAAUCGCAUAAGAUACUACCUUUAUAUCAUACGUUUUAUCAUGCCGCAGAUGUCAUGACAAUGUUGCACUAUUUCUGCCAUGACCUCAAGGCCAAUGAAUUCUUGACAGACAUGGAUAGGGUUUGCUUAAUGGUAGCCGCAUUGUGUCACGAUAUAGGUCAUCCUGGUUUGAAUAAUCAUUUCCAAGUCAGUAUGAAGACGGAGUUGGCUAAACAGUUUGGUGAUAAAUCGACGUUGGAGAUGUAUUCUGUUUAUUUGACAAUAAACCACGUGGCUACUGCCCUCGAACGUGAAAAAUUCAUUGAAACGAUCAGGGACUUUAUUUUAUCAACCGACAUGAUGUAUCAUCAAGAAUUAGAAAAGCAGCAAAAAGCAGGAGAAACAGCUCCUGCUGUAUUGAACGAGAAAGGUCGCUUUGACUUGUGUCGUAUUUUAUUGCAUGCAGCCGACAUUAGCAACAUGACCCGUCCUUGGUCGAUCGCCAAGCAGUGGUCUGAUCUGGUGGUGCAAGAGUUUUAUCUUCAAGGAGAUGAAGAGAAAAAGAACCAAAAGACCGUGUCUCCGGGUAUGGAUCGAGACAGCAACACUCAAGCCUCUAUCAGUUUAAAAUUUGGGUCCUUUAUUCAUCCUUUCUUUGAAGCGUUGGCUCAUCUAUUACCCGCAUCCUACAUUUUAGUGGACUAUCUUUCUUCCAACCGUCUCCUUUGGGAGACAGCAGCAGGGAACACGGAGCACAUGUCAAAAAAGAGAAAGAUCUCGUCCUCAGGGGAUACUUGUUCUACACACCUUUUACCCAAC